AUGAUGAUAAAAAGCUGUGAAGAAAUUAAGAUGGAAGGAAAGAUGAUCUUUGCCUGGGCAAUGAUGUUCUGCCUAACGGUCGCACCAUCCGUCCAUAGUGAAUACCACUCCAAGACUGUUACGCCUGUUGCAAAGGUGGAGAAAAAGACUCAUCUCCAUUUCUUCCUCCACGACAUCCUCAGCGGCCAAAACCCCAGUGCAGUCAUGGUAGCCCGUGCUAACCUCACCAGGUAAGACAAUUCCCCGACCCCAUUCGGCAGCUUGUUUGCAAUCGAUGAUCCUCUCAGGGUAGGGCCUGAACCAACAUCGAAGAUAAUCGGAAACGCACAGGGGCUCUAUCUGUCAUCCAGUCAAGACGCUAGCAAGUUUACUAUAGUUUUGUACGCCAAUUUUGCCUUUACGACUGGCAAGUUUAAUGGGAGUUCCUUCAGUUUGUUCUCCAGGAAUCCGGUAACAGAGGCUGAUCGUGAAGUGGCGAUCGUGGGUGGGAGAGGUAAGUUCAGGAUGGCGAGAGGGUUUGCCAAGAUUAAGACCAGUUACUUCAAUGCUACUACUGGCGAUGCUAUUCUCGAAUACAGUGUGACUCUGUACCAUUACUAA